UGAUCGACCGACCCCGACGUCCUCGACGGCUAGCUACUCAAAUUGGCACACUCGGACUUGAGUACUUUCUGGCAGGUUUUGGGACAAUUUCACGGCCUUAGUCAUGGGGUUCGAAAGAAAAAUGCUGACUUACGGCGACCCCGAAGACGAGGAGGAAGAUGCCCCUGAAGAGGAAGACGACGACGAGGAGGAGGAGGAGGAAGAAGAGGUAGACCUGGUGGACCCCUUAGAAACAAUCCGUGCCAAGUGUGAGGAGACUGAACACUGCAUGCACUACAAGGAGCGUCUGGAGCUCUGCGAGACCCGCGUCAACUCAAAAUCCAACACCAAAGAAGAGUGCACAGAAGAGCUCUUUGACUUCCUGCAUGCACGUGAGCACUGUGUAUCACACAAGCUGUUCCACAAUGUGAAAUGAUGUGCCCACCCACCACCUGCACCUGUGUGAUCAACUUAACUGCUAUGACUGUAAAAUAAAUAGGAGAGUACUUGCAAAUUGUUAUUCUAUAUUAAUACAUAUUGUAUGGAGAUCCUGGGCUGAAGACACUAUCUACUCUGUACAUUGCAUAUAUUGUACGAUGCAAUUUGUACAUAGUCAAGCCCAGCUUGUACAGAAAGACUCCAGAGGUUCACACUUUCAAUGUCGUCAGAUCAUAUAGAAAAGAACAUGCAGAACUGUUUAUUCAGGAUUGUUUUUUUCCACUGAACCAUUUAAUAAAAUAUCUCUUUGGUUACCA